ACUUGAACAGAUGCAACAAUUAAAGCCCUAAGGGAAGUGAUUUAAGAUGUUUUUGCUGUUGGAAGCUUCGAUUUUAUAUUCCACAAUUAAUUUGCUUUCCUCUUUUAUACCCAACCCGUGCCUACUGAUUGAACCUGCUGAUAUAUAUAGAGAUUUUUGUUCCAAGUGAGCCAGGAACAAACGUGGGUGUUUGAAUAUGUUGUCCCAAUUUUCAUGCUUCCAGUCAUUUGAAUCCUAGAUUUUCUUUUUUAUGCUACUUUUUUAUGUGGACAAUCGAAAUUUGAGCAACCCAUUUCCGUAAAUUGGUUCUUAGGCUAUUUCGCUUCUGUCGUUUGCAUCAUCUUCUGAGCAACAUCUGUCGAUCCCAUGAGAUAUUCAAGGGAUUGCAGACAUUUCAGAUUUUGAGUUCAGUUUCUGCUGACUUGGAUUCUUCCAUCAUCUUCCUUGCUUCAGUGUGUUCAUCAACAAUUGGAUAAUUUAGAAUAAGACAUCAGAUUUGGUGAUGGAUACUCUAGCAGAUAGAAAAAUUAUAGCUGUGAUAAUGUCCCUAAUGCAUAUUGUGUUUGCCUUGCUGGGGAUUUGUAAGGCAGACAAUAAAACUCCUGCUAUUUUUGUCUUUGGAGAUUCUUUGGUUGAUGCUGGAAACAACAACUACUUAUUCACCAUCGCUAAGGCCAAUGUCAAGCCCAAUGGAAUUGACUUUGGGAGGCCAACCGGGCGAUUCACAAAUGGAAGAACAAUUGUGGAUAUUAUAGUUUCUUUCUUCCUUCCUUUCUUUGACUUUGGGCCAACCGGGCGAUUCACAAAUGGAAGAACAAUUCCUCCUUCUUUCUUCCUUUCUUUUUUUGACGUUACUUUCAUUCGUGGAUUUGUUACCACAGGUCAGGAAUUGGGUUUGAAAGAUUUCAUUCCUCCUUACUUGGAUCCAACAACAGUUGGUGAAGCGGUUCUGCAGGGUGUCAAUUAUGCCUCAAGCACCGGUGGAAUUUUAAAACAGACUGGGUUUUUUUUUUUCGGCCGAAUCAACAUGGAUGAGCAGAUUGAUUACUUCGUGAAGACCAGGCAAGACAUAAUCUCGAUGAUCGGUGCUCCAGCAGCCCAGAAUCUGUUGAAUAAGGCUCUAUUUACAAUUACAAUUGGCUCAAAUGACUUCAUGAAUAAGUACACAUUGCCCAUUGGCUCAAUUAGCGAGCGGAUAGUCGCAUCUACAGAGACCAUUGUGGCCAUCCUGAUUUCAAAAUACAGGCUCCAAGUUACUAGGCUCUACGAUUUGGAUGCUCGAAAGUUCCUUGUGACUAGCAUAGCACCUAUUGGGUGCAUCCCAUUUAUGAGGGACACUAAUUCUUUUGCCGGAUCAGACAAUUGUGUUGGAAAAUCCAAUCAGGUAGUCCAGUUAUUCAACACCCGGUUGAAGAGCCUCGUCGUCGAGCUUACUGCUAACCUCGAGGGAUCGAAGUUUGUUUAUGCAGAUGGUUACCACAUUCUAGAUGAUAUGAUCCGAAACUAUAAGGAAUAUGGUUUUGAGAAUGCAGAUUCUGCGUGCUGCCGUCUAGUAGGCCGCCACGGAGGCCUCUUCCCUUGUAAUCCUAUUUCUAAACUUUGUCCAGACCGGUCGAAGUAUUUGUUCUGGGACUUAUUCCAUCCUUCUGAUGCUGCUAACCUAAUCAUCACAAAGCGCCUAAUGUAUGGAAACGACUCGAGGGAUGUUUGGCCUAUGAAUAUUAGGCAACUUGUUGAAAGUUGAAACAUGAUUCUAUUGAUCAGAACACAAACCUCUUAAUCUCUUAAGGAGUGUUAUCCCUGCAGUUGUGCUAAAUUUGUGUUUUGGGUUGA